UUGCAGCUACAAUACUUGGUUCCCAAGCAAGUAACCCUGUGUACAGUAGUGGAUGUACAUAGUUCUUGUUGCCUUGGAGGCCUAUGCCUGCUCAGUUCCUUCCUCCCACAACAAACACAAAUGAUUGCUAAGCACGGAUUGCUCUUGGCUUAGGCUUGUGUAGUUCUGACACACCAUUUGGAGACUUAAUUUUUGUGUGGAGAAGGGAAAGAUGACCAAUCAAGAUGUGGUCAUCUUGAAUGUGGGAGGACAGAAGUUCACAACCUGGCCUUCAACAUUACAACGAUUCCCAGAGUCUAGGUUGGCAAGGAUGCUGGCUGGCAAUGAUGAUGAAUGUAGGUUGGUGAAGGGUCAGUUUUUUGUGGACCGUGAUGGAGUUCUGUUCAGCUAUAUUCUGGACUUCUUAAGAACGCUCCAGGUUUCCCUGCCCAGUGACUUCUCAGACUACCAGAGACUACAGCGAGAGGCUAACUUCUAUGAACUCUACUCUUUGGCUGACCUUCUGAGUCAGGAAAAUUCGUUGAAGCUAAAGAAAGAGAUCUUGGAAAUAAGAUUCUUGCUCCAAGAAACGCAGGCUUUUUUCCGAGUGUUUGGCUCUUGCAGCAUCACUAUCGAUGAGCUGGCUGGGAGGAUUGCUGUUUUUUCGGAACAGCUUGUGGGAACAACUUGGAAGAACCAUCAUGUCCCUUCUCAGAAGGCACUGAUACCCCUUUCUUUGGAAAGGCCUUCCCAUCAUGAUCUUAUUUUCCAAUGCGGCACUGACCGCAGUGAUCAGUUUAUAGCAAGAUAUGUUUCUAUAAAACCUGAUAAGAGGAAACUGAUUAAUGGAACUAAUGUUCUCGGUCUGCUGGUUGACAUCUUAUGCAAAGAAGGAUUUCAUUUAAUAAGCACCAGAACAGUUUCAGCAGAAGAAAAGAUUGAAUGUUACUGUUUUCAAAGAACAAGACAGCCAAGUCCCCUUACCAUCAGUACCAGCCAAACACAGCAAGGCACUAGUGUACCACAGAGCAAGCUAAUCCAAAUUGCCAAACAGAAAUGAAAAGUCUAAUGGAUAUAUUUUAAUUUUUAAAAAAUUUAUUUUACAUUUUAUAUCCUGCUCUUCCUCCAAGGAGCACCGAGCGGUGUACAUUUAGGCUUCUCCUCACAACAACCCUGUGAAGUAGGUUAGGCUGAGAGAGAAGCGACUGGCCGAGAGUCACCCAGCUAGUCUCAGGGCUGAAUGGGGAUUUGAACUCAGGCGUCCCCGGUUCUAGUCCAGCACUCUAGGCACUACACCAUGCUGGCUGAGAUUUUUGAAACCAAGUGAGAUUUUUGGAACCAAGUGUAGAAACCACAAUACUAAGAGCUGCAUGAGGUAUAAAAGCUUUUAUACAUAGGAUAUAAAAGCAGCAAGUAUAGUGCAAUAGCAGGAUAUAUGCAU